AUGCUAGGAUUUUCUAAUAUCGGUCUUUCAAUAAGACCAAAAGAAAAUAUCCAACUACUCUCCAAGCGUUUUGCAUCAUUUUUAGGACACUUAGAACCAAAUGAAGGUGCAGUUAAGGACUACAGAAGACUUGGUAGAGGACCUUCUUCUGGAUUGGGUAAAACUUCCGGUAGAGGUCAAAAGGGUCAAAAAGCUAGAGGAAAGGUGCCCAUGUGGUUUGAAGGUGGUCAAACGCCAUUUUUCAAAAGAUUUCCUAAAACUGGAUUUAACAGAGCAAAUAAAAGAGUUUUCCAUCAAUUGAAAUUAGAAAGAAUUCAAGACUUUUGGGAUAAUGGUAGAUUGACGGACUUGAAAGAAGGUGAAACAUUAACUAUUCAUCAUAUGAGAAAGUUGGGCUUGAUCACAGGAUCUCUUAAGGAUGGAGUAAAAAUUUUAUCUAAUGGUAAAGAACUGUACAACGUGCCCUUAAACAUUGAAGCAUCACAGGCUUCCAGUCAAUCUAUCGCCAGAAUUGAAGAGUUAGGACAAACCUUUAACGCUCACUACUUUACCCCAUUAAGCUUAAGAGCACAUAUUUCACCUGACCACUUCUUGAGGACUAGAGGAUAUUUACCUUUAGCUGCAAGACCCACCCACAAGAGAGAUGUCAAAUACUACAGCAACCCUGACAAGAGAGGCUAUUUGUUGAAAGAUAGAAGUUUGUUAUUAGAUUUCAUGGGUAAGACCCAAGAGAGAAAGAAGAGAGUUGAAUUAAGUCACUUGGAAAAGCUGUUGGCUAAUGCUUCUACAACAGUUGCUAAAGAUUUCACACAAUCUCAGACCAUUUCAUUAAAGGACUUGUAA